CAUCAGAGGUAUUCAUCCUAGCUUACAAGCACUGUUAGUGUAGAUGUGUACUUGGAGUCAUUAAAGCUGCGGCAAAACAGAAUUUGUUGAGUCCACUCAUACUGGCUUUCCAGAGGCAAGUGUUUCUCUGCAGGGGAAGACAAUGGCUCACAGUUUCUGCUUUUUGUUGGACUUUUGGUUUCUCAACUGUGGCAGUUCCGAUACAUGACAGACAUCACAAAACAGCCUUUCUCUAUGACUUUUUUCUUUAGUACUUCCUCAAUUUCUUGGGGGAGGGGAAGUACAGAAGAAACUGGCACUGAAAGAUCGGAAAAAAAGAUCUCUGAGGCCUUGCAGAGGAGUUUUGAUUCACACAGGGAGAAAUGCUUUGACCAGGCUCAUCCCAUUCAGUCAAGAACUGCCUAAGAAGCAGAGGAACAGAGCUUAGCCAUCUGGAUUUAGGAAGCUGAAAAGCAUGUCUCUUCCCCGACAGCUGCGAGAAAAGAGUGAUUUUGACCAGCUUCCAGAUGAUGUACCUGUUUCAGCUAACAUUGCAGAUAUAGAAGAAAAGAAAGGCUUUACUAAUUACUAUUUGUUUGUCAUCGAAGUAAAGAUUAAAAGUGGUGGCAGAUACCUGAUUUUCCGACGCUAUCGUCAGUUCUAUGCCCUGCACACCAAACUAGAGGAGAGAUAUGGGGCAGAGAGCAAAAGCAGCCCUUUUACCUGCACACUCCCCAUAUUGCCAGGGAAGGUUUAUGUUGGGGCCAAAAAAGAAAUCGCAGAGAGUAGGAUUCCUAUCCUAAAUGUCUACAUGAAGAACCUACUCUGCCUACCCGCUUGGGUGUUGAUGGAUGAAGAGGUACGGCUGUUCUUCUACCACUCAGAUUUUGAUAGUGAACAGGUGCCUAGAAGAUUGAGACGGCUUCGCCCACGGACACGCCGAGUUAAAAGCAUUUUACCCGAACUGCCUGUUUUGGACCGGAUGGCAACUCCUCGGGCUGAGGCACUAUUUGAUUUUUCUGGAACCAAUAAACUAGAGCUCAGCUUUAAGAAGGGAGACUUGAUCUAUCUUCUCAGCAGAGUAAACAAAGACUGGUUGGAGGGAGCAGUUAAUGAUACCACUGGGAUUUUCCCAUGUGCUUUUGUGAAAAUCAUAAAAGAUUUACCACAGCAGGAAGACACAGUGAAUAAAGUACGCUGUUAUUACCAUGAUGAGACAGUAAGCACUAUCAGGGAUAUCUCAGUGGAAGAGGAUCUGAGCAGCAUUCCAUUAUUCAACGAUCUCAUGGAAUUGAUAAGGCGGGAGUUUGACCAAGAUGACAUUGUUCUGAAUUACCGGGACCUUGAUGGCGAUCUGAUCCGGCUGCUCUCUGAUCAGGACAUUGAGCUCAUGGUGUCUCAGAGCAGGAACAAGCCCUCUGAGAAGCAUAUGUUCCCUUGGAAGUUGCACAUCACUCACAAAGAUGACUUCAGUGUCUACAACACAAGUCCAGAAAUGGGUGCUAUUCACACAGUUAGAGCAACAUGACUGCUGUAGAGUAGAAGUUCCUGCAGGUAGCUAUGUUGUCCUUCAGUAAUUCUUCUCAGCAGACAGUUUCCUUUAGCAAGACUUUGAAGUGAGCUUGAAAAGAGUAACAGUAGUAUAUUAUCUUUCAGCCAUCCUUGUUCCCAGAGCCAAUUCCUUGCCUAGAAUGUCUUCAUAAGCUUUUUUUUUUUCUUUUCUUUUUUUUUCCUUCAGACCACCAUCACUUUCUUUUCACUUGCUGGUAUGAAUAUUUGUGUGCCAUUGCUAAUGAAUGCAGUAAUUAUUUCUGUCUCAUGAGAGUCUGACUGGACAGAGAGAGUUUGUUUUGGAGGCAUCAAGAAAACUUGUUUUUAAUUUCAGUGAAGAAAUUACAGCCCACUUUUGCUUUCUUCUUUCCACUGGCCAAUAUUUUGAAUUCUGUGAAUCAAAUCUAGUACAUUUUCAGUGCUACUUACAGACUUCUCAGACUUCUUGUAAUUGUACAGUCUAUUUGCUUCCAUAUUUUGGGAUAAUUUCUGUGAUCCCUAUCCAAAUAGUAAUUUAUUCUCUGUCUCUCUUCUCCUGCUUUCUAACACCUCACUGCAAAACAGAAUGAACAAGAAAUUGCUGUGUUGAAUUCUUCAACAAAUAAAGUUGCGUAUGUGUUUAUUUUA